AUGGACUCCGAUUCCACUUUUACCGACUCACAAUCCAUUGCUGACCACUCCGGAACCCCCCCUGGUGGCAUCCAGCCUGUUCAGGAAGAAUCCGUGGUGACUUCGGCUCCCACUACUCCCCAACCCCACGUCAACCCAGAGCGGGAUGAAGAACCCACCGCCCCGGAACUUCCCCAGCCUUCCCAUGCUGAGCAUGCUGAGGAGGGAGAUUGGAUAGAGAUGCCUGAAGAAUUUAACGCUGAACUCGCCGCCCUCCUCGGAAGCCUUCAAGGCCCCAUUGAGCUUGAAAUAGAUGAAGACGGUGGCGCCAGAUUGCGCGACACAGAGGCCAAUCCUACUGCUGCCGAAGACGCCCUAGCACCUGUCCGUCAUCUUCAGGCAAUUCCAGAACUCCAGGACCCUCAACCUCGAGUUCCUGCUGAGAACGCCUGGCUACAAUCCUGGAGACAAAUGAUGCAUGCUGUACCUCCUGAACAGCGGAUUGCCAUCCAAGAUUUGGCCGUUGCGAGUAACGCAGUUUGGCGGGAGCUUGUUAACAACCCCACUCAGGGAACCGCUGAUGAUGAUUUUCAGUCCCAAGGUUUCAUGAAUAGCGUUGCUGCUCUCCAAGGCGCCAUGACCAACUUAACCCAAGAAGCUAUUGACACAAUUCAUCGAGUUUCUGCCGCGUCAACUCAGCUACACAACCCUGAUCAACUUGACGCGCUGAGACAAAACGUUUUCCCCCUACUUGAUAGCCUACUGAACACAAACCUGAUUUCAUUUGGCUCGGAUGUUCCACAGAACGACUCUACGAAGUGCACAGUCUGCCUAGAAGACUAUGCAGCAAGUGAUGAAAUUGUGGUACUACCAUGCCACCCAACGCACCAUUUUCACCGGACCUGCAUUCACGACUGGCUACAAACUUUGGUUCCUGGACCUCCCACCUGUCCCAACUGCAGGGCCUUAAUCUUCCAAAACCAAUCCAACCCUCACCCUCACUGCACUUCCUGA